CACGAAGAAGAAGUUGGUUAUCAGUCUGAGAAAAAGCCGUGAACUGGUCGCUGGCUGGAGAUUUCACUUUUAUCCGUGAAGGAAAGUACGUUGCUUCGUGGUGAAUGAGUAGAUCUCUUGGGACGGUUUAAUUCCUCCGGUUAGGGGUGUUUUAAAACUAGCAGUAUGUUCGGGAAGAAGAAGAGGGCUCCGUUGCCAAAGGGCCAGGGCGCAGCUGCAGCCAAACAGAUGGGUUUGUUUGUGGACUUCAACCCAGAGGCGAUGACGCAGGACAUGGAUGAUCCGACCGUGGAUGAUGCUGAUCUAGAGGCCGAGUUAUCAGCUCUCACUGGGGGCAAGCCUGCUGGAGGGAGACUAAAGCAGAAGGCCCCCUUACCUAUGGAGAAUAUAGCCAGAAUGGCAGAGGAGUGUAUGAAGGAUAUAUACGAUGAUGAUGAUGAUGAUAACCUGGAAGAUGAUGAAGAUUUACUGGCUGAGCUGCAGGAAGUGGUGGGCGACGAGGAAACGGAGGAUCGUGUGACACCCACCUCCACGGAAGAGACGCCACAAUCACCACCCCAGUUGGCAAGGGCUCCUCCUGCAGUACCUGGCAGUCUGCAGCACACCUUGGAGGAGAGACUGAGUAUGUACCGGACAGCUGUAGCGCACGCCAAGGCCUCAGGGGAAUCGUCUAAAGCACGGAGAUACGACAGAGGGCUCCAGAGCCUGGAGUCCAUGCUGGUGUCAUUGAAGAAGGGGAGGACGGUGGAUGAGGCUGACAUCCCCCCACCUGUAGCCGGUGGAGCCCCUACCUCCACCGGCCCCCCACGACGUGCUCCUCCCCCUCCGCCCUCUGUUCUUCAACCUGAACCGACACCUCCACAACAGCAGGGGGAGCCAGAGGCUGCUGCUCCUGCUGAAACGUUACCUGUACCUGUCUCCCCUGAGGCAGUAUCACCCAGCAGUGAGGAGGAGCUGUCAUCUAUCUCCACCCUGGCCACUGUUAGCAGCCAUCCUAGCACUGAGGGAGAGGAAGAGACUGGACAGGCCAGCACAGUAGGCGAGGCCACGAAGGCGAUGCUGUUAGGCAGACAGAGAGAGUACAAAGUGGCAGCUCUGAAAGCCAAGCAGCAAGGAGACAUGGAACAAGUCAAACUCUACUUCAGGACCAGCAAGAGGUUUGACGCGGUGAUUGACGCGUUGGAGAAGGGGCAGGAGGUGGACCUGAGUGGCCUGCCACCCUCACUGUCCUCGGGGGUCAUCUCGGCCUUGUCUGGCCCAGAAAAAGAACCCGGUCCUGGACAGAUCUCGAGCCCCAAUCCCCCUGCCUCCACACCUCCAGCCCCCUCUGCUGUCCCUGCCCAGCCUAAAGACGUGCUGGAGGCCCUGGAGCAGCGGAGAGACAGGUAUCAGGAGGCCUGCGCCCAGGCCAAAGCCAGCGGAGACGACCGCAAGGCCCGUAUGCACGAGCGCAUCGCCAAGGGUUUCAUCCAAUCCCUGGCCAGGAGGGGGGGACGGGAGCUGAGCAGGGAUUCGCUGCCGUGCUGGAGGCAGCCAAUAAGCUGGCAUCUGAGGAAACCAUAGUGACAGGAGAGGAGGAAGGAGAGAAUG